AUGUCUAUUUCUACAGGUUCUGUGAUUUAUACCUCAGUGAGACCAAUCUUCAAGAUUUACUUCAUUAUAACCAUAGGUAUCUUUCUUGCUAAGAAGAACAUUCUUUCAGUGCCAACAUGCAGAGACAUAAGUGAUUUGGUUGUUACUGCAUUGAUGCCAUGUUUAAUUUUCAAUCAAGUGGUCACCAAUUUGAAAUCUUCAGAUAUACAAAAUUUAGGAGUGAUUUUCUUUCUGGCCACUUUAUUGUUUUCCUUUGGAUUCCUUUUAGCAUUUGUCACUUAUUAUGUGACAAAAUCUCCUAAACGGUGGUUUGGGGGUUUACUUUCUGUGGGGUUGUUUCCGAAUAUCUCAGAUUUACCUAUUGCAUAUUUACAGACACUUUCCAAAGGUACUCUCUUCACUACUCUGGAAGUUAAUCGAGGAGUUGCAUUUGUGUGUCUUUUCUUAGCAGCCCAAGUUUUGUAUCAAUUUACCUUUGGAUUAUAUCAACUUGUGGAAUGGGAUUUCAAAGAGGAGUUGGCUGCUUCAAGAGGUGGUGAUGUUGAAUCUAAAGAAAAUGAUGGAACAAGCGCAAGAAAGCAAUCUGGGGAAUCUCAUCUGACGAGUACAGAUGUUUCUCAAACCAUUUCCUCAUCCAUAAUUGAACAAGACGACGAACAAAAUGAUGAUGGUCGUCUUCGUGAUGAUGGUAGUCGUCCGCUUGCUGCUGUUGAUCGGGAGAAAGCUUCCCGUAGAUCAACCUCAAAGCUGAGCUCAACUUCUCGGAAAAGAGAGCAACAACAGCAUGAAGACUUCCUUAGAGCUCAUGAAGUUCAACGAAUAACUUCUAAUGCUAUUUCUUCCAUUAAUUCUGACUUUGAUGAUGAAUACAGUCAGCCAAAAUCGGUAACUUCAAGUCAUGGUAGAGGUUCUUUCAGUUCAAGGAAUAGUGUGAAUAAAGCUUCAUUGAAUUCUUCUGUGCCUCAGAACUUAUUAAGAGUAGCUUCAAGAGCCACAGAUAUUAGGAAGAUGCCCUCACAAACUGUUGAUGAUGUCAUUAACGAGUACUCUGAGAUUGAAGGGUUGAGACAACAUACUGUUAGAAGAGUGGCUACAGUAACAACAGAAGUGGCUGCAGCUCCAAUUGAACCUAGCACCCUGGGGUCGAAUUUACCCGGUCAUAUUUCACAAGACAAUGAAAGCAGUCUUUCAGCAACAACUUCACCUUCAAUAGUUCAAUCUUUCUCUAAAAAGUUGCGGUCAAAAUGGAAAGCCCGUGCAUUGGUGAUGUUAAAGAACUUUCUCGGACCUAACUCUGUUGCAUUGAUCAUAUCAAUUGCUGUUGCAUUUUCCCCCCCAUUGAAGGCACUUUUCGUUCCAUCAACUCAAGUUCACAUUCAUCCAGCUCCUGAUAACCAGCCACCGCUUUCAUUUAUUAUGGAUGUGGCUUCAUAUGUUGGAGCAGCAAGUGUUCCAAUGGGUUUACUUCUUUUAGGAGCUACAAUUUCCAGAUUGCAAAUUAAGAAAAUGCCUUCAGGGUUUUGGAAAACUGCAGUUGUGAUAACUUGUUGUCGACUAGUGAUCUUACCAAUUAUUGGAGUAGGUUUAACAACUGGCUUUCAACAUGGAGGUUGGUAUGGUGAUGAUCCUAUGAUUAGAUUUGUAUCAGUCCUUGAAUUUGGACUUCCAAAUGCUACAGCAUUGGUUUACUUCACAGCAUUUUACACCGAUCCGAAGUCAGAGGAUCAUUUACAAAUGGAUUGUUUGGCCAUUUGUCUUUUAUGUCAGUAUUCAGUAUUGUUUAUCACUUUACCAAUACUUGUUCUGUUUACUAUAAAAGUUUCUUUAGGGUUGUGA